AGUUAGGGUUAGGAGGUAACGUUAUGGUUUUAAGAAUGGCGUGCACAAUCGAUUUCAGAUGCCUGGACGAAGGAUUUGGAGGCAAAACACACAAGAGAAAAAGAUCUAAGCAAGCCGAAGAAGAGCUCAAUCGAUCCAUCCAAUCUCAAAACAACAACAAAGACGAUGCCUCCAUGGAAGUGGAAGAAGAAGAAGAAGAAGAAGAAGAAGAAGGGACACAGUCAAAAAGACAAGCAGUGUCAUCUUCAGAUAACCCAGACAAGUCGGUGGUGUUUGGAAAGCCUACAUACGAUGGAGUAAUAGCAGGGAAGGUAUCAGGGAGGAAGUGGAAGCAGCCGAGGACACACAGAGCGUCGACAGUGUACGUGACUAGGAAGAGCACCACGUACGAGCAGAGGAUGAAGCAGAAGAAGAUCAAGAGGGCAUACACCGAGAGGAUAACGGAGCUCAAGGAGGAGAUCAGGCACAACAAGGUGGAGAAGAGGAAGAAGCGACAGGAGAGGGACAACAGGAAGCAAGACAACAUUCUCAGAUCUGGGACCAAGUUGCAGAAGAUAACUAAUCCCAAGACGCUCAAGAAGAUUGCCAAAUCUAAGCACAAGAAGCUCCUCAAGGUUGUCCCUGACGAUCUUCUCAACAACAACAACAAUAAGAAGAAGGAUUAAUUUUUUGUUU